AGUAAGUUUAACUACAGCAGCAGGUCUGAUCUUCAUGUCUGAGAGAGCUGACACAGCCUGCUGGGGACAUCACUGUCCCACAGACUAAUGGAGACAGAGGCAGGACUGAGGACCGGGUACAGAGGACAGAGGAGAGAGGGUGGAGGGAGUUCCUCAGUGAAGAGACAGAGAGAGAGAGAGAGAGAGAGAGUGUGUGUGUGUGUGCAAACAGCUCCAUCUAAUGGCCAACAGGCAGAAACGUUUCUUUCUGUCUUGUUGACCGUGGUUUGUAAAUAAAGAAUCAGUGUGUUCACUCUGAUGAGGUCAGAGCUGUGAUGAACUGAUGGUGUGUCUCUGGCUCUCAGCUCAGUGUCAGUCAGUGGAUUUAAAUGAACACGCAGUCCUCCCAUACUGGUCCAGACCUACAGGUACUGAGUUUACUAUGGACCGGUCUCAGAUGUGGACCGGUCUCAGAUGUGGACUGGUCUCAGUCUCUGCCUUCAAAAUAAAAACACCUGUGGUUUUGGGUGUGUCAUGUGACCAGUCAGCUGAUGUGGUGUCACUGAUUGUGUUUCCUGUGUGUCAUGGUUCAGGAGCUCACAGCUCUCUAUGACAACCCUCAACACCUCUGCCUACAAUGGCUUUUAUUUUGAAAGCUGUGUUCUAUUGUGACCACGUUGCUAGGCAACCAGGUGAUAUAAGUGGCUGCUGCCAGUUGGUAGAUUGACUCACUCACAGAGGGGACUGUAGUAAGAAGCCAUGAGCUUACAGGAAGGUGGUGCUGAGGAGCUGCUGCAGCAGAAAGCAGCCAGAAUCAUUCAGAAGACCUGGAGAAGAUAUGUGCACAGAGAGGUCUUCAGGUAUUUCAAAGAGCUGAUUGGCCACUGCACCCAGCAGGACCCACAGGCGAUUCUCAAGGCUGUCAAUCCUCGAGAGGCGGAGCUGCUGGAUGCUGCUGCUGGGCUGUUCAUCAGGUUUCGACUUGGAGGGAUCACCUUUCCUCCCAGCAUCUACUACAAGAUCUUCACCCACCGUCCCAUCGCAGACGUGUGUGCUAACAGCCCAAAGGACUACACCCAGCCCGGCCUGAAGAAGCCUGUGGCCCAGCAGACCAACAACGGCUGGCCUGUGAUGGCGGAGGGCCGGUCAGGCUGGUACCAGCGUGUGGAGAACAACAGCUGGAGGCUGUUCUGCAGGAAGGUGGUUCCCAUCGGUGAGCCCAACGAGUUUGGAGCAAACAAAAAAAUGGACUUUCACUACUCCAGGUUGCAGCGGCAGCAGGAUGUGGACAGGUGGAGGAAAAGGAGGAGAAUCGAAUGGCUGAAGCAGAUCUAUAACCAGGGUCGCCAGCAGACCCAUCCAGGUCGACACAUGGUGACCCAGGUGGGGAACUCAGCCCAGGAGGAGAUGGAUGCCAUUGAAGAGAAGGGGGACGACGAGGCGGAGGACUGGGAGCUGGAUGAGCUCCUGGUCUGGACCACCAGUCUCAGCUUUGAGGAGUAUUUGCAGGAGUGGAGGCGUUUGGCCUGCAGUCACUUCUCUGAGCCUGGGAACGCUCAAACUCUCAAAUCUCUUCCUGUCUCUUGAUCUGAUACCUGCAUGUUGCUGCUGCCACAGACCUUCGCUCCAUCCAUCCUGGCUGAUGGUAACAGUUACACAGAAGAGAAUAAAGUCGCUGAUGUAAAAACCAAA